AUGGAAGUCGCCGCCAGUUUGAUAGCGAUUGUGGACCUCUCCGUCUCUGUCUCGUCCGCAUGUAUCAAAUACAUCAGAGGGGUAAAGAACGCGGAAAACGAGGCUACUGCACUGCAUGAAGAACUAAGCUCACUCUUAUGCAUUGUAUCUCGACUUCAACUUCCCUCAGUAUCAUCAAGCCUGAAGAUAGAGCUAGAGCCAGACAUCAAACUCUGUUACGAUGACCUUUUGGCGCUGCAGGCAAAGCUGAAGCCGGCCGAGGGGUUUAGACGGUUUGGCCAGAAACUUGUCUGGCCUUUCAAGAAGGAAGGCGAAUUUCAAAAUGCGUCGAUGCGGAUUCAGAGACAUUUGAAUAUUUUCGAGAAAGCUAUUGCUGUCAGCACGCUUGAGACAACAUCAGAGAUCAAAGCACAGCUCCUCCAACUACGCGAAGAACGCGAGUCUGACCGUACUCUUAUAACCGAAAAUUUUGGGGCGAUAGAUGCGCAUCUGUCCGAUAUCAAGAAAAUAAUGAGCCAAGACCAAAGGAACGAGUUUACCAAGUGGCUAAACGCUGUUGACUGCGAGUCCAACUAUCGCGAUAAUAUUGCCCUGGCAGUCUCGAACACAGGGUCCUGGUUCUUCGAGGAAACAGGACAUUUUGCGCAGUGGCUGCAAUGCACUGCAAAUUCACCGAAGAAUAUCUUGGUUCAAGGCGAAGCCGGAGCUGGGAAAACAGUACUUAUGUCGACUGCCGUGCAGGCCGCUCUGUCAGUUCCACCAUCGUCCAAUAUAUACAUCGGGUACUACUAUUUCGACUUCAGAAGUUCUCAAAAGUCGCUGCCAAGCUCCAUGCUUCGUUCCUUGUUACAUCAGCUCAUCAACGACAUGCCAUCCUUCCCUGAAGCAAUCGAGAGAUUGCGAAGCAAGUAUCUAACCGCUGAUAUGGUGCCUGUCUCAGAGUUAACAAGCAUUCUGCAACAAGAGUAUUCCAACUUUGACGCGGCGUUUCUAUUCAUCGAUGCUCUUGAUGAAUGUGAGAAACUUGAUGACUUACUGAAUGUUCUCAAAACCAUGACACGCAACACUGGGCCAUGGACAAAUAUACGGUGUAUGUGUUUCAGUCGUGACGAGAGUGGUAUCAAACAAUCUCUAGAACCGUCAGGCUUCACUAUACAGCCACUGGAGUAUGCCGCAGUUGUCCAGGAUAUCGAAGUAUAUGUGACAGAAAUAAUGCGAAAUGAUGCAAACGGCAAUUUCAAAGUUUUUCAUGGCUCUUCAGAAGGACUUCGAAGCGAUGUGAUAACCGCAUUAGUACAAAAGUCCGGUGGAAUGUUCCGCUGGGUGCAGUGCCAACUUGACGAGAUAUCACGUUGUCGAACAGCACGUGAGAUACGAGAAGCUAUCAACAACUUACCAUCAACCCUUACAGAGACAUAUGAGCAGAUGUUCAAGAAAAUGUCCAAUUCCGAUCUCCGUAAAGCCCAACGGAUACUAUCGUGGCUGAUCGGAACGGAUGGAGAAAUGACUGCAAACAUGCUUGUUGAAGCAUUGACCAUCGAUGAGGACAGAUUGGAGGUUGAUGAAGAGGAUCGUCUUCAAAAUCCUGGCGAAAUUCGCAACAUUUGCCGAAGUCUUGUCCGAGAGUCUGACCACAGUUACCCGAUCCGUGGACCUAAAUGCAAGGCCAUAACUCUUGCACACUUCAGUGUUGAACAGUAUCUUCUUUCGCCGCAAGCCGGCAAGUUUAGACUCGAUCUGAGAGACAUUCACCUUCAACUUUCUCGAGCUUGUUUGGCGUACAGUACCUCGCCUAUCUGGGAAUCAGUCACCCAAUCGGGCUCUGAGGAAGAUGCCGUAGCUGAAAAUGGCAGGGAUGUGGUACAGUUCUUGGCUAGCACAUGUCAAGACAUCUUUUCCCAUCUCCAAUAUCAAAACGUUGAGUAUGACCUCGUGCAUUAUAUAACCGGCCUGCUCCAACAGGAGCCUAGGCUCAGGAACCUUGAUCGAAAUUGUGCUCUAGUCAACUCUUGGGAUGAUUAUCGUUCACCGUACAAGGCGAUUUUAUACAUCGAUGCCAGAGGCGGACCCUGGGGCGUAUCGAUGACACGCCUUUUGGACGGCCCAUUACGAAUCGGACACAACUCAAGCUUCCUAUCAAAAUCUGUCGUGGCAGGAUUGUAUCCCACGUGCAUUUCUUUGAUUCUAAGCACAAUCGAAUUCAAUGGGGUUGACGAUUAUGACCAGACACCUCUAGCCUUCAUCGUAGCUACAGGAAGAAUUGACCUCGUACGACACUUUACACUUCAAAAUACAACAAACUAUCAAAGGGCUGCAGGCAGCAAUACGCCAGAGGAUGGACAUAGGCUGAAGUUGAUCCUGAACAGCACCGUUAACGGGCUCUUCACAGCCAUCGUGGCCAAAUGGGUUGAUGGAUGUCAUGAGUUAUUUGCAGCAGCUCUUGGAUAUUUGGAGAUGUUCAUCGACCGUGAUUACGGCACUAAAGUUUAUCAAACGAUGAUACGACUAUGCUCUAUCCUGAGCGCUGUGGAGAGAUUUGAUGAGUUCCUGGAAUUUCUUCUCUCCCAUGCUUCCAGAAGCGAACGAAUGAACGCCCAAGCAUUAAAGCAGCUCGAGGAAGAGGCACUAUACGUCUCUAUUCGUCAGGACAACGCAGGAUAUGUCCGAAAGAUGCUUGCCUCCGGAGUUUCCCCAACUGCCAGAAUUAACCGAGCCUCCAAUCUGAGACUUUUGCACCAGCGAUAUGCAGACAAAGUGACAUUGGAGGGGGUCAAUGAAUAUUGGCUUUGCUAUCUCGACACUGAGGUACUUCUAGAGAGGAUCGACCACCACUGGAGAGACUGGGAGUAUGCACAAGAAGAGCCCAAGAUCAUAUUCACUACCGCGAUGAACAACAGUCAAAUCAGUCGACUUCUCGUUGAAGGAGCCAAUGCAGAAAUUCUAGAUGACGAAGAUAUUCUCUUACCCGUUAUCGGGUCCUGGCUUUCUAUGACCGAUAACCAAGGACAGACUAAAGAUCUUGAGUUCCUGCGAUCUCUUCUGCUUGACUAUUUGCAAAAACCGGAGAACAAAGAAAAGCUCAACCUGGCACUGAACAUCUGGGCUGGCAGCAAAGACGGUAUCCAGGUGAUAAAGCAGCUCAUUGCGAAAGGUGCAGACCCAAACAGCUCACUAGUUGGUGAGAAUUAUCACGAUUUUAGGACGCCUCUUGUGACGGCUUGCCGGGGCCAAGGCUUUGCAAACGUGGGCGUGCUAUUGGAUGCAGGUGCUGAUCCGAACCUUGAAGCAGAGUCUGGCAUGCUUCCUUCGGUGGCCUUACUUAACAACUCGUGGUGUCCCGAAUCAGAACGCGAUCGGAUAUAUGACCUUCUCAAGCAACACAGACCAGCACUGAAAACACGUACUGAGAAGCCAUUACUACCGCCACCUACCUUUAGUAGAUACGGUUAUGGAUCUCGAAAUGGAUCUGUACUUUCUGCAAUAAUCACAAGUACCAUGAGGUACCAUAUCCCGGUGGAGUUCUUGAUGUCUCAUGACCUCUUGAACAACCUUGAUAGGUAUCUACCAGGCGAUGAAUACGGAACUCCGUUGAUCGCUGCUGCUGCAACGGGCAGUAAAGACUUUGUUGAUCUCCUCAUCCAACACGGUGCAACUAUUGAUGCCCCAGGCCAUCCUGAUACCGAGUGGUCACAUCCAGCACUUGCUGCGAUUCUUUCCGACCAUUGGGAUCUGGCAUUGAAAUUUCUCGAAGGCUUUGACGCAUCGUCUUACGAAACGCAUGAAGAACAGAGAAAAUGGAAAAUGGUGCUCAUGUCAGCUCUUCAAUCAAAUGGCCAAGAUGUUGCUCUCAAGUUGAUUGAGGGCGGUGUCGAUGUCGAUUUCAUUAUAGACCAGGGAGCUUCGUCAUACAUUCUAUACCAUACCCGAGAGUCUUUCCAUGCCUCCAUGGACGAAAUAAUGUCAUGUCUCUCUGAGGCAGGAACGUCGAUGUAUGCCGCAUAUGUUAGUGGGAACAUGAGUAUGAUCAACAAAUUACAGAGCAUUGGGGCGAGCCAAGACCCAGCUCCAGGGGCACCAUUCGGAGACUCUUUAACAGCAGCCUGUGCGUCUGAAAAUGUUGAAGCUGUUGAGAUACUCCUUCAGCAGGGUGGUGAUGUUAACAAAUGCAACCCUGGCCGGGAGAAAUGGUGUCCCCUCAUCGCUGCCUUACCUGUUUCCUAUAGCAGUGGUACAGACGAGAUUGUGUCGCUACUUAUAGAAAAGGGAGCUAAAGCCAAUGUCUCGUAUCCGUUUAAGAAUGCCCCCGCAGAGCCAAGCAGUCUUGAGUCGAUUCUUUUCAAAUACAACAAGACUCUGCAUUUCUCGUUGAUGUGGAAGAGAAUGUGGGAUAAUUCCAAGAUUACGGGGCAAUCCAUACUAUAUGCAAAGCCUUUCAAUGGUAACGCCUUCAUUGCGGCGACUGAGGGACGCGAUGAUGAGAGACUGGAACUGGUGGCUAAACAAGAAGGUGUGGAUGUGAAUCGUGAGGAGAGCUGCGGCAUCUAUCCAACAGCAAUGAUAGCAACUCUCGACAUGAAGAAGAGUUACAGAACCUCCGACACCCUCCGCAAGCUUGGCGCAAUGGAGAUAUCAGCCAGCCAGAUGCUCAACUUCACUCACCCUUUUCGAGCAUUGAGCAGCGAGAUUGUGAAAGGGAAUGCUAGCUUGACCAUUCCUGGUAGUUUUUGGGGGAACAUGAUCACACUCUGCGUGAACGUGCCGAUGGCCAUUCCCUUCCUCCUCCAACGAGGCGCUGAUCCAACUGAGGUCGUUCCGGGAAGCUUUUACGGCUCAGCACUCAUGGCAGCAUCAGCCUUGUUAAGCGCAGAUACUAUUCUGCACUUUCUCGAUCACGGGUGCGAUUUUAACAACAUCGUAUCAGCCAGCCCCUUUGGGGCGCCACUGAUUGCUGUCUGCGCAGGUCCAUCACACUAUCCAUUCCAGUGGAGCUUCCAUGAAGAGUACAACCUCCAGGACCCUCCUGGUUGGUCUAUGGUGCAAUACGAUAUGCUGGAACUGUUGAUUGCUAAUGGUGCUGAUAUAAAUGUCACUCAUAAUGAGUUCAGUCCACUCAUUGCGCUCGUCUUGUGUGACUGCGAGCAAGAGUAUAAGAUCAAGGGCUUGAGGUUGCUGCUGGACAAGGGGGCCGACCCGAAUUUGACAUUGCCUCAGUGGGGAUAUAAGGCAGUGAGUAUACAUCCUGUUCCUGGCCUGUUUGUUGCCUUGUGA